UAUGACUGUAAGGUCCUGUUUCAAUCACUGGCGUCAGACGGACGCACGGCACAGACUCAAACCUUUCACCUUCUCCUAUACAACGUAAAUAUUGAUUGAAAACCGACGCAUUACGCACGGGACGUAUGGGAGUCUUAAUUUGAAGGCGCUUUCACGGGACUUCAAGAAAAUCCCUCGUCGUGUCACUUUGAGGGUCCGACGGAUUUUUCUCGCUUUUACCGCGAGUGAGGGAUUAAACUUUUCCUCUUAUUAUUUCAGGAGGCUUCUUCAAGAGACCCGCCUAUGACCUUCACGUCUUACAUUACCGUAAAAUUUAACGGAUACGAGGCGGUUUGAUAUAGCUUUUUUACGGGCUUUUACCGACUUCGACUUUUUCCUCUUUUCUUUGAAUGCGUUGCAAAUAUGAUGAUGUCACCGACGCCACUUUUUCCUGAAGUUAUGGCGGAGCACAACUUUUCUAACUUCUCUUGACCACUGAGAGCACUUGGCUUUGCUAAUGGAGCACCUACAGGGAGCGUGGAAGUCCCUGAGUAACGGUUUUGGAAUGAAGGACACUGCGUUUGAAGGCCCGUGCCUGUCACCAACCAUGGUCCAGGUUCCCUGCCAGCGCCGCUCCUCGGAUGACAGCAAGAUGCCUGACUCCAAGACUAGCAGCACUAUCCGUGUCUACCUCCCAAAUCAACAACGCACUGUGGUAAAUGUGCGACCAGGUAUGACUCUGCACAGUUGCCUGAUUAAAGCCUUGAAGGUCAGAGGUCUGCAGCCUGAGUGCUGUGCAGUCUUCAGGCUGCAUCCAGGGCAGAGAAGUAAAAAAUUACGAAUGGAUUGGAAUACUGACUCCACCUCACUAAUCGGUGAAGAAUUGCUGGUGGAGGUUUUAGAUCAUGUUCCCUUGACAACACAUAAUUUUGUUCGGAAAACUUAUCUGAAGCUAGCAUUUUGUGAUAUUUGCCAGAAGUUUCUAUUGAAUGGUUUUCGUUGCCAAACCUGCGGCUACAAAUUCCAUGAGCAUUGUAGCACCAAAGUGCCCACAAUGUGUGUGGACUGGAGUAAUAUCAGGCAACUCCUGUUGUGUCCAACACCUGGUGAGAGCGGUGCACCAUCACUGCCCCCGAUGACAUUUCGGCGAAUGAGAGAAUCCUUAACACGGUUUCCGAGCUCAGCCCACCGAUAUUCCACACCCCAUGCCUUCAAUUACACCACGUCCUACCCGCCCACAGGAGGCGCUCUCUCCCAGAGGCAACGCUCAACCUCCACGCCUAAUGUCCACAUGGUUAGCACCACCCUGCCUGUAGACAGCAGCAUGAUGGAGGAUGCAAUGCGUGAUCAUGACUCUGCAGGGAGUUCCCCCAGCCAGAGUCCUACAGGCUGGUCCCAAUCCAAAACCCCUGCUCCUGCCCAACGGGAGAGGGCUCCAUCCCUUAACACUCAGGAGAAAAAUAAAAUUAGACCUCGGGACAAGCGGGACUCUAGUUACUACUGGGAGAUUGAAGCCAGUGAGGUGUAUCUGCACUCCCGCAUCGGUUCAGGCUCUUUUGGAACCGUAUACAAAGGGAAAUGGCAUGGUGAUGUAGCAGUAAAGAUAUUAAAAGUGACAGAUCCCACACCAGAGCAGUUCCAAGCAUUCAGAAAUGAGGUGGCUGUCCUACGGAAAACACGACAUGUCAACAUCCUGUUGUUCAUGGGCUACAUGACGAAGGACAACCUGGCCAUUGUGACCCAGUGGUGUGAGGGCAGUAGUCUUUACAAACACAUUCACGUCCUGGAGACAAAUUUCAAGAUGAUCCAGCUGAUAGACAUUGCCAGGCAGACAGCACAGGGCAUGGACUAUCUGCAUGCAAAGAAUAUCAUACACCGAGACAUGAAGUCCAACAACAUCUUCUUGCACGAGGGUCUAACGGUGAAAAUAGGAGACUUUGGUCUUGCUACCGUGAAGGCCAGGUGGAGUGGGUCACAUCAGGUGGAGCAGCCUUCUGGAUCCAUUCUGUGGAUGGCUCCUGAGGUUAUUCGAAUGCAGGAUAACAAUCCCUAUAGCUUCCAGUCUGAUGUCUAUUCCUAUGGAAUUGUCCUCUAUGAGCUCAUGACAGGAGAGCUCCCAUACUCCCAGAUAGCAAACAGAGAUCAGAUCAUCUUCAUGGUGGGUAGGGGCUAUUUGUCCCCAGACCUCAGUAAGCUCUACAAGAACUGCCCCAAAGCCAUGAAAAGGCUGGUGGCUGACUGCAUCAAGAAGUCCAAAGAUGAGAGGCCGCUGUUCCCGCAGAUCUUGUCUUCCAUCGAACUUCUUCAGCAUGCCCUCCCGAAGAUAAACCGCAGUGCCUCAGAACCGUCCCUGCACCGAGCCUCUCACACUGAGGAUAUCAAUACCUGUACUCUGACCUCCACCAGACUGCCUGUGUUUUAAAGGCUCACACUGUGCCGCCCCUCCUCUUCUCCUCACACAGCUCCUCCUCUAUGAAAUACCCAAAAUAAUCCAAAUACUCAGUGCACCCAAAGUCGCUAAAUAUAGAAACCACCAGACACACAUGCAAAGAUACUUUUAAGAGCAUGCUAAUUACUGAAUUGUGGGGAAAAGAGGAGAGAGGAAAGUGCAAGGAGAAAGCAUCAGAGAUUAACUAUGGAAGGCAAGGAGAAGGAUGGACCGGAUCUACACCUGAAGAGGUUAGGAUAAGAUCCCCGUCAUGCUUAUUGCCACACUUGUUAGCAUACAGAGGCUUCACGGUGGCAAUGUAUCUGGAGAAAUUUGUAAAUAUAUGCACGCACAUCUACCUAAAGACAACGAUAAAUGGACUUUGAAGGAAUCUCAAGAGAAAGACAGAUGUGUUUCUCUUGAUGUAGGCUCUAGGAUGUGAAGCACACCCUUUUUUUUGUUUUUGUUUUUUCUUGUCUGUCUGGUCGUCCUGGUUUCUGUCCGGCCAUCCUGCCUUAAGAGGAAUCAAAGCCUGGACUAAGACCCUGCACAACUUCACCUCUUCUCGUUACCGAAAACGGAGCCGUUGGAUGUAGUCCAUUUAGUUGCACAGUAGUAGUUGAUAUUACAUUGUCUUAAGCAAGAAAGGAGUAGAUAUGGGAUAAUGUCUGAUAAUGUUUUAUUUUUGUCAUCUUUCUUUUAAUUGUGCUUUUUUUGGGGGGGGGGGCGUCAUUUUGGAGAUAAUUAGCAAGACAGCAAGCAUGAGUGAAGAUGGAAAACUUUGAAUUUGCACAUUUUAGCAAAAGCAAUGGUUAUGUUUCAACAGUGUACACCGUUGUCAUAGUAAAGUCAUCUGUAGAUACCCACACAUUCUUAUCUGUCCUUACUCUGGGUAGGUUAUCAUGAGCUGGACAUUUAGAAGUUGUCUUAAGUAUUUAAAUGAUUUGGAGACUAAUUUGUAUUUGUUUAUCAUGUCUCUUUCUGGAGGUUAAACGUUUUAUUGUAAACUUGGUGAGAAAGUUCUCUAUUCACUAUUUUAAUAAAAUUAAGUUAAAUUCUUUUGCCAAAGUA